UGGAGGACAAGUUAAGGGGGUCUUCGCCGGUGAUGCAGCUCAGCGACUCUGGACUUUCCCCAGCAGCUUGCGGACUACCCGUCACCCCUCCUCCUCCUUCUCCGCAUCCUCCUUCCUCCCUUUGCCAUAUCCACCCACCCACCAGCCGUCCCUCUCCCUGCCUUUCUAACACACACAGACACACAGACACUCAAUCACGAAUGCACAGGGAUUGCAGCAGCACCGCGAGAUGGAGAUCUCCGCUGCGUGUGUGAGUGCCUAUUCCCGCUGUCACUGCACCGGCUGCCUCUCUCUCGGUCCUCCCGCAGCAUGUGAGAGCUGCUCCAGUGGCUGGACAGUACCCUGCUGGCACCCACUGAAUACAUGGAUAAACACUGGCUCUACAGGGGAUCUGUGCUUUCUUGUCCUUUGCACCUCUGAUCUGUUUCUCAAGAAAAUAUGGUGAGUAAAGAAGACAACAAAUGCAUUGUUCUGUCAAACUCGGAUGAAUCAGAUUCAGAGACAGGCCCGUCACACAUUCUUGAUGCAGAGUCUGGACCAGAAUUAGGCAAACAGCAGGUGAAGAAGAGAAACAAGGCCUUACAAGUGCGUUUUAAGGAUAUUUGUGAUGCCCAGAAUGAGCAUCGGGGAAAACACUCCAGAUCCAUUUCCUGCAAAGUGACACACAGAAAGUACAUGACCAUGCCCGCCAGACGCUCUAUUCCAAACGUGACCAAGAGUACUGGUGUCCAGACCUCACCGGACCUCACUAAGCAAUACAAGACUUUCCCUUUUGAGAGGAAAAAAGGACACACAUUUAAACAUACCGCUUUAGUGGAAGAUUAUAAAGGACAAAACAAUGGCUUUUUGAGUGAUAUAAAGCCAGGAGGUAAGGAUACAACAUCUAUUGGGGAGUCCUCCAAGUACAAGGGAAAGAUUGUGGGGCAGACAAAAGCAUUGCUUCACCACACUGAUGACAACAGCGAUACAGAGGAUUUGCUUUCCAGUGCCAACUGUGUGGAUGGACCCUCUUGUCCAGACUCUUCACAUUUCUCAGAAGAGUGCCAUCAGAGCAGCCCUCCAUCCAAAAGAGAAACAGAGUACCAGGUCUGGGGGACAAGGACCAAACACAAAGGAUUACCCAAAGAAGACAUGGAAGCUGGAACUUCCUCAAAGCGCCAGCUGGCUAACUCAGAGUUUUCACAGGACACGUUAAAGGGCAGGGGCCCUGUUGCAUGGAACUCUUUGACACAGGUGGAGUCUCUAGGAAGCCCGUCUGUGAGCUGCAAACGGAAAAAGGGUCCACAGCUAAACGAACAGCAGUCACAAACACUUCCUCAUAGUGCCAAAUGUGCUGUGCAGUCACAGGGGCAGUGUCGGACAAGGCAUGUGUCAGCCUCCUCUAAACUCCAGCAAACAGUUGGAGGGGAUGAGGGCUUUCCUCCAAAAGACACAGGAGCCCCAGGCAUGGGGAGCAGCCAGCAGAUAAUGCCCUUAUCUGGAGACAAGGAUAUCAAAGCACAGCUGCAGGCCAUGGAGAGCCUCAUCAGCUCGAGCCAGGAGACCAUCAAGGUCCUACUUGGAGUAAUUCAGGAGCUUGAGAAGGGUGAAGCGCAGAGAGAGGGGCUCACCUACCGAACAGGACAAGACACAGCAAAUUGUGAUACUUGCCGGAACAGCGCAUGCAUCAUUUACAGUGUCGAGCUGGAUUUCAAGCUGCAGGAGGACAAGCUACAGCCCCUGAUUAAGCGACUUUACCCCCUGGACAGCCAACAGUGCCCCGCUCUGCCUUACUCCAAUGAAGUGUUCACAUCCACUCCCAAACGCAAGUCCAAGACAGAGUCCAAAAAGCCUGCUCGUUGGAAGCUAUGGUUCCUUUGAAUAAAACAUGAAGGCUUUGGAAACAGCCUUUUUGUUGGGCACAUUAAUACCUCUGUUAUUCUCAAAAUAAUAAGGGAAUAUGCAAAGGCCGUAAUCAACACAUAAGGAUGGAUAACGACAGAAGUCAGCUCAUUUGGCGUUCUGAAUUCAGACUGCACAUUCAGUCAGCUGGGGGACAGCAGAGACUUCAACAUUUUAAAUUCUGUCAAACCUUUUUCUGGAAUGUUCACUGAUGAGGAUGGGACACACACCUGCAAAAACUAGAGCAUAUUGCUUGGCAACAAGAGGAGGCGCCAUGUGGAGGGCCCUUUAUGAGUGAAGCUAUAAUCUUUGAAUGGACAUCAGCCCCACCUCCGGCAAAGCACAAACAUUUGACUAUUGAGAGGAACAUGCGUAAAGACUGAAACACAGUAUAGUACAUGGAAGUGUGUCAGCGCAGUUCUUAUAACCCUGUCUAUUCUUUCCUCUUCCUCCUUAUCUGUUAGCAUCCUGCCCAGUUUGUCUGUCUCACUGAACGUUUGCCUGCCUUUGUUAAUAACCCGUCUCCUCCUUCUCUUUGUAACUCUUUCCCUUAAUCUCUGUCUGUCUUUCUUUGUGUCUUUCCAUUUGCAGUAGCUCACUGGGCAACCAACCUACCAACUAGCCAGCCAAAUUUGCCUCAGUCAUCCUGUCAUUUUCUGUUGGCUACACUGACACACAAUGUUCCAAAUCUAUAUUUUAGAAUUUCUGCAUCUUUUUAUCAAAGUGCUAUGAGAUGAAAUUUCGGGCCCCUCUUCUUGAAGCAGGUACAACAUAUAGAAUGUUUUGAUUAUAUCCAAGUAUUUUCUAUGAUAACUUAAUAGGGUCCGGGGUUUGUCUGUUUUAAAUUUCCAACAAAAGCAAAGCCUAUUUGGACAUUUUUCUUUGAAUCCUUUUAGAGUUUGCCUGGCCGCUCACUUUGUCACUCAUUGUUUCACAGCAAAGCUUUGAUUCGAAAACUCAAAACUGAUCUUCUAAGAUUUUUUUUCAUGCCUUGUUAGCUCACACUUGGCAUGUUUUGUAAUAUUAGUUUAUCUUGCAACUGCUUGCAAAGUUCCAUCUUGUAAAAUGACUCUUUUUUUUCACUAAAAACAAUUACAGAACACCAAACAUCUGUUUACCAACCCACACAAACAACUGUGCACUAAACUUGCUAGAGUAGAAUGGCUAUACAGUGCUAAUAUGGUAGCCACCUUACAGCAAAGAAGUCUUGUAGCUACUUGCUUUGGUUGAGUAAAAAAAAAACACUGAUGAUGUAGCAAUGAUACUGAACUUGCACACUGUUACAAAGCAGGUAUUUACUGAAGUCAGUAAUUUUUUUAACAGCAGCUCUUAGGUAGAUUAUGGUACGGUUAAAUGUCUGAGAAAUGUCUCACUGGCCUACCAUAGUUAGACUACGCAGUACAUUCAAGUACUGAACAUUAUUCAGGUCAUCAAUUUCCAUGCAAAGAUCUGUACAUUGAGAAAGUGCAAUUUAGUAUGUGCAAUAUUAUGCAUUUUUCUACUGUUUCUACAUCACAAUUAAAACAUUUUCAACUGAA